AGCGCGCGCAAGCUAGCGAGCAAACCAGAGAGACGAGAGAGGGACCAGGAGAAAGACCCAGAGAAAGAGAAGAGGAAGCCGAGCUCAGUGAGGACUCAACCUCCAACUUGUUUCAAUUCAUUCAUCCGUCUCUUCUCUCCGUUUCGGGGAAGUGAUUGUGGCGCUUGGUCUCUCCAAGUUGGUGCCUAAAACGAUGAUAGUCACAGAAAUGAGUCACUUCUACACAACCAGCCUUGGGAUUCUUUUCCUGAUUAAUAUUUUUCCUGGAACAACUGGCCAAGGGGAAUCAAGACGACAAGAACCUGGGGACUUUGUGAAGCAGGAUAUUGGCGGACUCUCUCCUAAACACGCCCCGGAUAUUCCUGAUGACAGCACUGACAACAUCACUAUAUUUACCAGAAUUUUAGAUCGUCUUCUAGAUGGCUAUGACAACCGGCUGCGACCUGGGCUUGGAGAUGCAGUGACUGAAGUGAAGACUGAUAUCUACGUGACCAGUUUUGGCCCCGUGUCAGACACUGACAUGGAGUACACCAUUGAUGUAUUUUUUCGACAGACAUGGCAUGAUGAAAGACUUAAAUUUGAUGGACCCAUGAAAAUCCUUCCACUGAACAAUCUCCUGGCUAGCAAGAUCUGGACCCCUGACACCUUCUUUCAUAAUGGCAAGAAAUCAGUAGCCCAUAACAUGACCACACCUAACAAGCUGCUCAGACUGGUGGACAAUGGAACCCUCCUCUACACAAUGAGGUUGACAAUCCAUGCUGAAUGUCCCAUGCAUUUGGAAGAUUUUCCUAUGGACGUACAUGCCUGCCCACUGAAGUUUGGAAGCUAUGCCUAUACAACAGCUGAAGUGGUUUAUUCUUGGACUCUUGGGAAGAACAAAUCUGUGGAAGUGGCACAGGAUGGCUCUCGUCUGAAUCAGUAUGACCUGCUGGGCCAUGUUGUUGGGACAGAGAUAAUCCGGUCUAGUACAGGAGAAUAUGUCGUCAUGACAACCCACUUCCAUCUCAAGCGAAAAAUUGGCUACUUUGUGAUCCAGACCUACUUGCCAUGUAUCAUGACUGUCAUUCUGUCACAAGUGUCUUUCUGGCUCAACAGAGAGUCUGUCCCUGCCCGCACGGUCUUUGGUGUCACCACUGUUCUCACCAUGACCACCUUGAGUAUCAGUGCCAGAAACUCCUUACCUAAAGUGGCAUAUGCGACGGCCAUGGAUUGGUUCAUAGCCGUCUGUUAUGCCUUUGUAUUUUCUGCGCUGAUUGAAUUUGCCACUGUUAACUACUUCACCAAGCGGAGCUGGGCUUGGGAAGGCAAGAAGGUGCCAGAGGCACUGGAGAUGAAGAAGAAAACACCAGCAGCCCCAACAAAGAAAACCAGCACCACCUUCAACAUCGUGGGAACCACCUAUCCCAUCAACCUGGCGAAGGACACUGAGUUCUCCACCAUCUCCAAGGGCGCUGCUCCCAGUGCCUCCUCAACCCCGACAAUUAUUGCUUCACCCAAGACCACCUACGUGCAGGACAUCCCAACUGAGACCAAGACCUACAACAGUGUCAGCAAGGUUGACAAAAUUUCCCGCAUCAUCUUUCCUGUGCUCUUUGCCAUUUUUAACCUAGUCUAUUGGGCCACCUAUGUCAACCGGGAGUCAGCUAUCAAGGGCAUGAUCCGCAAACAAUAGAUAGUGGUGAUGCAGCAACCAGAGCACUGUAUACCCUAGGAAGCAUCCAAGCACCCAAACCCCAGGACUUCCCUUUCUGUGUUUCAGGAUUCUUCUUUUUAACUCUCUACCAAGCUGUGACUCUCAAUUCAUAUUAAUGAAUAUCAAUGAAAAAAUAAUAACAGAAAAAUUACUUGUCCCUUUGACAUUGCUGAGUAUACCCUCAUCAGAGCCAAACACUGCCAUUUGUUCAGUUGCUCAUCUUAGUCUGCCAGUCUCCCCCAUCUGAGGGCACUGCAUGUGUUAUAUUGCACUCUGCCCACUGGAGAAAGGAGACUCUAUUACCUGUAGUGGGAGCCUUCACUAUUUGAGUGGUCCAGAUGAAAGAAGAUUGUUGACUGGUCCAGAUCAGAUGAUCUGACUCCUGAGGGAGCCAGGCUAUCCCCUGUGGUCCUGGCCUGCCACCUCCCCUGCCUACACCAGGGCCCACUAGGCAAAAGUACUGAUACCAAAGGCAGGAGUCAGUGUUAACCUCUAAACAUGGCUCCAUCCUUUUUAUUGGUUUGGAGGUUAGUGGUGAACAGUUGAGGCUUACCACUGUUAAUGAUAGAUAGCCAAAACAGAAUCAACUAGGCCACCCUGGCCUAAAGAUGGCUGAUGUCCUGCCAAGUUCAGCUCUUCAGAAAAAUAAU